AUGAAAAUUACGAUAUUAUACGGUAGCGAGACAGGUACUGCACAAGAUGUGGCUGAACAAAUUUGGAAAAGUGCCAAAAGGUUUUGUUAUUGUCCUUCUAUUGCACAUGUGUAUAGAAAUAUACAUAUAUUGUUUUGCAUUUGGAAAGUUUGAAAUUAUUAAUUGCCAUCAAAAGCCUUAUCGAUGCUGUUUUAUAGUACAAUCAAAAAUACUAAUGUUGUAAAGGAAUAUCUUUUUACAAGUCUCUCUUUGAUUUCAUUCCAGAAAAGGCUUGGAAAGCAGUGUGUCUGCAAUGAACGAUUAUCGCAUUGAAAAUCUUGAUUCAGAGAAAAUGAUACUGUUUGUUGUGGCAACUACAGGCCAAGGAGAUCCUCCUAAUAAUAUGAGACAAUUCUGGAGACUUAUAUUGCGAAAGAAUCUACCAACAAUAUUGCUUGCCAAUUUAAAAUAUGGAAUAUUAGGUUUAGGUGAUAGUUCCUAUCAAAAAUUUAAUUUUGCAGCAAAGAAAUUAAAUAAAAGAUUGAUGCAAUUAGGUGCAACGGAACUGUUAUCUAUUGGGCUCGCAGAUGAUCAACAUGAUUUAGGAAUUGAUGCUGUUGUUGAUCCAUGGUUAGAAGAAAUGUGGAUAAAAGUUGAAAAUACAUUUAAUCUUCCUACAAUAGAUUUGAUCAGUAAUCAAAAUAACAUAAUUGAAAGAUUUCAUAUUUCAGAGGUAAAUAGAAAUUUCAUGAAUAAUGAAUAUUGCUUAAUUCAUGAUAUUUUCAUGAAAGAGGUUUUUGUCAAUAAUGAAGCAAAGGUAGGCACAAUAAUUGAAAAUACAAGAACCACUGCACGAGAUCAUUUUCAAGAUGUUAGAUUGAUUAAAUUUAAAUCAGAUAACAUUAACUAUCAACCUGGAGAUAUAGUAUACAUUAGACCCAAGAAUUCUCCAAGACAAAUUGAAAGAUUUUUUAAUAUAUUAAAUGAUAAUAAUGUACAAUUAAAUCCAGACAUGUUAAUUCAAGUAACUGAAAAAGAAAUUAAAGUGCCUAAUGUUCUAAAGCAAAUUCUAACUUUACAACAAAUUGUAGAGCAAUAUUGGGAUUUAAGCUUUAAACCACGCAGAUCUACAAUGCAAUUAUUAUCUGUCAUUAGUAAAAAUGAAUUAGAAAAGGAAAAGUUAUAUGAAUUUACAACAGCAAUUGGUCAAGAAGAAUUAUACAAUUACAUCAAUAGGCCAAGAAGAACUAUUUUGGAGUUACUAGCAGACUUUCCUCAUACAACUAGCAAAUUAAAUGUAAAAUUAUUAUUUGAAAUUAUGUUUCCUAUAAAACCUCGUGCUUUUAGCAUAGCUUCAAGUUUAAGGGUUACUGAAAAUGAAAUUCAUAUCUUAGUGGCUGUAGUAAAAUAUAAAACAAAGCUGGUAGAACCAAGAUAUGGGUUGUGCUCUAAUUGGUUGGCAAGUUUAAAAAAGAAAGACAACAUAAUAUUUUGGCUACAAAAAGGGACAUUUAAGUUUGAAUAUGAUAAGCCAAUGAUAUUCAUUGGCCCUGGAACAGGAGUUGCACCAUUUCGUUCAGCUAUAUUAGAUAAAUAUGCAUUAAAUGAUGAUUUAAGUGAUUGUAUUCUUUUCUUUGGCUGUAGAAACAAGGAAAAAGAUUACCAUUGUAAAGAUGAUUUUGAAUAUUUAUCACUGCAAAAAGAUUUAAAUUUAUUCUGUGCAUUCUCCAGAGAUCAAGAGCAUAAAAUGUAAUUCUAAAAAUAUGCCAAAUUGUGUUCGUGAAGAAUUUGUUAAUUUAAUUAAAGAAAUAACUAAAUCAACUGAAGAAGAAGCAGAAAAUUUUGUCAAACGAUUGGAAAAUGAAAAUCGGUACUGAGCCUGUUCGUCUUUCUCCUGGUUGGGAAGGUACAGGUAGACCUGAUGAUGAAUUGAAUUUUAAAGGAGUUACAAUGGAUCAAGCAGAUCUUGAAUUAAAUCCUCCUAAAGAUAGUAUUUUGUUAAUUACAAACUCUCUGAGGAAUAUACUGGAAUUCAAUCAAACUAUGCCACAAAUUUUCUUGCAUAUUUAGGAUUUGCAGCACAAAUACCAAAUCUGCUAUUUAAUUGGUUAAAUGUAUUUAUGCAGUUUGGUGGCAAUUUAACAACGCGUAUAGUAUGGGGCAUCUUCAUACAAGUUCUAAUAUUUGUAUGUACUGUUAUUUUGGCAAUGACUGACAGCUCUGGUUGGCCAGGUGUCUUUUUCUGGAUUACCAUGAUUUCUGUUAUUAUAUUAAACAAAUAUAAGUGGAACAUUUACAGCGAUAAUUAAUUUUAUUGCCCAAUAUAUGGCACCAAAUCCUCGGACUGCAGCAAUAUAUUAUUUUAUAACUGCUCUGUUUGUUCUUCUUGCAUGCUUUGAUACUUAUUUUGCACUUCCAAUAAAUAGAUUUUACCGUUAUCGUGAAUUUCUAUAUCAGAAAGGAAUAAAUAAAAGGCAGUUGGAAGACAAUACAAGAGAUAAACAUAAUACACCGCCUUACUGGAAGAUAUUUAAACAAUGUUUUCCUCAGUGCUUUAACACAUUUUUCGUAUUUUUUGUAACUCUUUCUUUAUUUCCAUCUGUUCAAUCCGAUAUAGUACGUUCGGAUCCUAAUUUUAUAGUAUCAUCAGAUUAUUACAGUACUAUCAUGUGUUUUCUCACAUUCAAUGUUACUGCUCUAAUUGGUAGUUCAAUUGCAUCGUUGGUUCAAUGGCCUAGUAGAAAGUACUUAAUAAUCCCAGUUCUUUUACGUAUUUUAUAUAUACCAUUGUUUUUAUUGUGUAAUUACAAACCAAGUGGUAUUUCAAGAGUAUUACCAGUGUACAUUAAUAAUGACUGGGUUUAUUUUCUAAUUGCCGUUACAAUGGGAAUAAGUAGUGGCUAUUUUUCCUCUUUGUCCAUGAUGUAUUGUCCGAGAAUGGUAGAUUCUCAAUAUAUGGCAACAGCAGGUAUGUUUGGGGCAGCAUCAUUAAUUACAGGGAUCUUUACUGGAAUAUUAUUUUCUAUGGUCAUGCCCAUCUUGGUAGCAAACAUAUCAUUUGAAUUAUCUUAA